GAACAUGGCAACCUGUGUGUGUCUCAUCCCAGAAAGAGAAGACUUUAACCACUGUGAUGCCUGAGAAUCCAGUGAGUGUGACGUUUCUCCAGAUACUUCAUGCUGUUCGCCUGUGUCCUUGCCACACCACUGCCACACACGACUCCUGAACCAUGGGGGAAAACGAGGAUGAGAAGCAGGCCCAGGCGGGGCAGGUUUUUGAGAACUUUGUCCAGGCAUCCACGUGCAAAGGUACCCUCCAGGCCUUCAACAUCCUUACACGACACCUGGACCUAGACCCUCUGGACCAUAGAAAUUUUUAUUCCAAGCUCAAGUCCAAGGUGACCACCUGGAAAGCCAAAGCCCUGUGGUACAAAUUGGAUAAGCGUGGUUCCCACAAAGAGUAUAAGCGAGGGAAGUCGUGCAUGAACACCAAGUGUCUCAUUGUUGGGGGAGGACCCUGUGGUUUGCGCACUGCCAUUGAACUUGCCUACCUGGGAGCCAAAGUGGUCGUGGUGGAGAAGAGGGACACCUUCUCCCGGAACAAUGUGCUACACCUCUGGCCUUUCACCAUCCACGACCUUCGGGGCCUGGGAGCCAAGAAGUUCUACGGGAAGUUCUGUGCUGGCUCCAUCGACCAUAUCAGUAUUCGCCAACUACAGCUCAUCCUGUUCAAGGUGGCCCUGAUGCUGGGAGUUGAAAUCCAUGUGAAUGUGGAGUUCGUGAAGGUUCUAGAGCCUCCUGAAGAUCAAGAAAAUCAAAAAAUUGGCUGGCGGGCAGAAUUUCUCCCUGCAGACCAUUCUCUGUCGGAGUUUGAGUUUGACGUCAUCAUUGGUGCCGAUGGCCGCAGGAACACCCUGGAAGGGUUCAGAAGAAAAGAAUUCCGUGGGAAGCUGGCAAUUGCCAUCACCGCCAACUUCAUAAACAGAAACAGCACAGCAGAGGCCAAGGUGGAAGAGAUUAGCGGCGUGGCUUUCAUCUUCAAUCAGAAAUUUUUUCAGGACCUUAAAGAAGAAACAGGCAUAGAUCUUGAGAACAUUGUUUACUACAAGGACUGCACCCACUAUUUUGUCAUGACAGCCAAGAAGCAGAGCCUGCUCGACAAAGGUGUCAUCAUUAACGACUACAUCGACACGGAGAUGCUGCUGUGUGCGGAGAACGUGAACCAAGACAACCUGCUAUCCUAUGCCCGGGAAGCUGCAGACUUUGCCACCAACUACCAGCUGCCAUCCUUAGACUUUGCCAUGAACCACUAUGGGCAGCCUGACGUGGCCAUGUUUGACUUUACCUGCAUGUAUGCCUCAGAGAACGCGGCCCUGGUGCGGGAGCGGCAGGCGCACCAGCUGCUUGUGGCCCUCGUGGGUGACAGCUUGCUUGAGCCAUUUUGGCCCAUGGGUACAGGCUGUGCCCGCGGCUUCCUGGCAGCCUUUGACACGGCAUGGAUGGUGAAGAACUGGAACCAGGGCACCCCUCCGCUGGAGCUGCUGGCUGAAAGGGAAAGUCUCUACCGGCUGUUACCUCAGACAACCCCAGAGAACAUCAACAAGAACUUUGAGCAGUACACGUUGGACCCAGGGACGCGGUACCCAAACCUCAACUCCCACUGUGUUAGGCCCCAUCAGGUGAAGCAUUUGUACAUCACCAAGGAGCUGGAGCACUACCCUCUCGAGAGACUGGGCUCAGUGAGGAGAUCUGUCAACCUCUCCAGGAGGGAGUCAGAUAUCCGGCCCAGCAAGCUCCUAACCUGGUGCCAGCAGCAGACAGAGGGCUACCAGCAUGUCAACGUCACCGACCUGACCACAUCCUGGCGCAGCGGCUUGGCUCUGUGUGCCAUCAUCCACCGCUUCCGGCCUGAGCUCAUCAACUUUGACUCUUUGAAUGAAGACGACGCUGUGGAGAACAACCAGCUCGCAUUUGAUGUGGCAGAGCGAGAGUUUGGGAUCCCUCCAGUGACCACGGGCAGAGAAAUGGUGUCUGCCCAGGAGCCUGACGAGCUCAGCAUGGUCAUGUACCUCUCCAAGUUCUACGAGCUCUUCCGGGGCACCCCACUGAGGCCCGUGGAUUCUUGGCGCAAAAACUAUGGAGAAAAUGCUGACCUCAGCUUGGCCAAAUCAUCUAUUUCUAAUAACUAUCUCAACCUCACAUUUCCAAGGAAGAGGACUCCACGAGUGGAUGGUCAAAUCGGAGAGAAUGACAUGAACAAACGGAGGCGGAAGGGCUUCAAUAACCUGGACGAGCCUUCAAACUUUUCCAGCCGUAGCGUGGGCUCCAAUCAAGAGUGUGGGAGCAGUAAAGAAGGUGGAAAUCAGAACAAAGUCAAGUCCAUGGCGAAUCAGCUGCUGGCCAAGUUUGAGGAGAGCACUCGGAACCCCUCACUCAUGAAGCAAGAAAAGAAGUCACCUUCAGGGUUCCAUUUUCAUCCCAGCCAUUUGAGAACAGUGCGUCCUCAGCUGACGGUAGGGAAAGUGUCCAGCGGAAUAGGGGCUGCAGCUGAAGUCCUGGUCAAUCUGUACAUGAAUGAUCACAGACCUAAGACCCAGGCCACCUCUCCAGACCUGGAAUCUAUGCGAAAGUCAUUUCCCCUUAACCUGGGAGGCAGCGACACGUGUUACUUCUGUAAGAAGCGUGUGUACGUGAUGGAGCGGCUGAGCGCCGAGGGCCACUUCUUCCACCGGGAGUGUUUCCGCUGCAGCGUCUGUGCCACCACCUUGCGCCUGGCUGCCUACACCUUUGACUGCGAUGAAGGCAAAUUUUACUGCAAACCUCACUUCAUUCACUGUAAAACCAAUAGCAAACAACGGAAGAGACGGGCAGAGUUGAAGCAACAAAGAGAGGAGGAGGCGACAUGGCAAGAGCAGGAAGCCCCUCUGCGAGACACUCCCACUGAAAGUUCUUGUGCAGUGGCCGCCAUUGGCACCCUGGAAGGCAGCCCCCCAGUUCAUUUCAGCCUUCCAGUGCUACACCCACUUCUUGGCUGACACCCACUUCUGCUCUAAGGUGACUGGUUUUCUUGCCAAUUUUCAAAGAGUGGUACUAACCCCCAACCCGCUUUCCGCACCCCGUCCUCCCGGCCAGCGGUACUGGUUGUGCUAACUGUGAGUGUCUUGCAUGCUGAUGGACUCAUAUGGUGGCAUGGUUGGCUAACAGCAUGAGGGAGUGUCCAGCUUGAGACCCAUGUCUGUGUUCAUUUCCCGUGGAGCCGGCAGCCUGGUCUACCCCAAGUGCAUGCCCCGCCUCUCCUCUCUCCCUUGGGCCUGCCUGUGUGCAUGCUUCUCCAGUUGCACCUGCGAAGCCACCUACUUUCUUGGGAGGGUCGACCUUGAUCAUGAGACAGUACCAUGAGGGGGCCUCUGUCACCUUUGAAAAGAACACCUAUGGAGCAGCAUCAAAAAGCUCAUACAUAUCAGCCCCUUGUUAAACUGGCUUUAAUGUAAAGAUUGUUAAUGUCAUUGAUCAAAACCAUAGGUGAUUCUUUGGAGGGAUUUAAAAAGCAUAAUUACUCUCAGGCCUCAUCCCAAGCUUGACCCAUGCUCUGUAGGUUGAACACGUAAUCACAACUAUUCUAGCAAAUCCUGCCUUGGUUGCAGCCUGCACUGUAGAUGCAAGGGUUUUGCUGUGGUUCUUCUUAUGUCCCUUGGCUCAUAAAGCCCCAGAUGAUGCCAGAGCUUCAAUUAGAGCCAUCAUCAUCCCAGGCAGGGAUAUCUUUGAGAAAUGACUCAGUUCAGCCCCAGGCCCCUGUGACUCUGCUUAAAGCACACAUUUCUGCUGCCUCUUGUACCUGGUGCAGCAGGAUAAUCACCAGCGUGCUCUUAAUGAGAAACAACACACCAAGCACAGUGGAGCUGUCCUGGGCAACCCUCGCCGGUCUCAGGCUGUGGGGGCGUCUGUCCUGCAUGUGGCCCAGACCACCCUGACUCCUGGGCCUGCCUGCCUGGCCCUGCAUGCUGCACACUCGCUGCGCUUGUGCAGAUCCUGGCCAGUACGAAGUCGUUGCUCUUGUCUUAUCUUCUCUUACAGAGUCUCCCUCCCUUUAUAGAAUGUCAACCAAAGAGUGCCCUCCUCCCCUCUCAGCCUCCUCUUUAGCUAGCCUCCCCAUCUCAUCACAACGCAUGUCUGUGACCUUUGGUAAUCAUUUACAGUGCCACACGGAACCCUGUAUUUUGCACACAGCAAAACAAACAAUGUUUAGCUUUAUUUAUGGUAUUUGAUGCUGUAAAUGGAAAUAAAUAUUGUUCUUUAUAAAGCUCA